AUGCGCUUCCUCACCCUUGUUCGAGCGGCAGCCGUGCUUGCUUUUAGCAGUCCGGUGCUGAGCGCUCCCCAUCCGAAUGGCGCCGAUGUGAAGCCCCAAAGGAAGUCGGGACCAUGCAUUGAAGAAUAUGAGCAGAGGGCGAUAAGCACAGGAUUCAGAACCUGGUGGCCCCUUGAGAAAAAGAAUCCUUGUCUAAGAAAGAGGUGCGCCCAAGGUGGUAUUUUGGACAACAAUGAUCCCCCACCUGCCACCGGGGUCCACGGACACGCUGCCAGAGGAUUGAAAUCAAGAGAGACUCAAACGGAGUCGAUUCGACAGAGUCGCGGCAACCGGGGGGCAGGUUGCCAGAGACUCAAGCAGAAGCUGAACGAAAAGGGCGGGAGGGCGUACCAUAAGUUCAAGAACCUAGUGGGCUUCGGCGGCACGGUCAGUGGGCAAGGCGGGAGUGCAGAUCCCCAUCGUCCGGCCAAUUUGGCACCGAUCCGGGUACCUAGCCACGAGGCCUUCUCACAAGACCUUCCGGAUUUUUUGAAGAGCCCUAUGGCCGCUGAUCGAUUAAAAAAAGACCGCGGUUAUGCCAAAAACUACCAACGCUACCAACGCCACAACUACAGCCCCGGCGGCGGCGGCGGCGGCAAUGAAUAA